AUGAGGAAGAGCUGGGCUGCCUGGUCCUGGGUCGUGGUGCUCCUGGUUGCUCUCAUCAGUGAGCCUGCCUUUUGCCGCAGGGGAGGAGGGAGAGGAGGCGGCAGCAGCGGGGGCAGCAAAAGCGGAGGGUCAUCGCGCGGCGGGUUCCACUCUCUGCCAAAGAGCAGCAGCAGCGGGCAAAGCUCCAGCGGCAGCCGUGGUGCGAAGCUGGCAGGGGCUGCAGCAGUGGGGGCAGCAGUGGGAUACGGCCUGAGCUCCCUUGGGAGGUCUCGCUUCUCCCGAGGAGGGCACAGCUCUUCCACGGCCGGCAAGCAGAUGACGCAGCCCGGAUUCCAGAACCCCAACUGGUCGGAUCCCAUGAUGCAAGGCGGGCUCUACAGUCAAGCGCCCAAGGACCCUCGGGCAGGGACCCUCUUGACCUUCUCCCCGGUGGUGUGGGGGGUCACCUGCCUCCUGCUCCAGGGCUGAGGCGGAGCCCUCUCGUCCCCAGAGAGGAGCAUGCCCAGGAGGGCAUUGUUUUGCUGUGCUGUGAAGGAUGGCGUUUGCUGUCGCUUGUAGUGAGAAAGAGGCUGGCAUGAGAUUCAGCAGUGGCAAAGGUCAGAGCCAGCCUGCCCAUGAGGUGGGCUGAGGAAGCAGAACCCCAAGAGGCAGUGCCCCACUGCCAGUGCAGAAGUGGUGGCGGCUUCCGAUGAGAAAUCUCACGAGAUCUCGCCAAAACCUCACAAGCUCUAACCGGAACCCAGUGCUGCUGUCCCUGCUUUGCUGUCCCCGCCACAUUAGCCCAGGGAAUACAGUGGU